AUGGAAAAUGGUGAUAUGUCAGACGGUCAGCUAAACGCCUCCACGGAAGGUGAAGGAAUUUUUGACGGAGAGCUAUUUCUCUAUUCCGCAAAAAAUGGCAGACUUAAUCGUCGCAACUGGAAAAUGUGUUGGUCACCUUCCACAAGCGAUGGAAAUCAAUGGUUUCAAGUGCACCUUGGUCAAUCCAACACUUUCAUUACCAGUAUAGCAACGCAGGGAUGCCCAUUUUCGACAGAGUGGACUGCUUCCUACAAGCUGCAAUAUGGUGACGAUGGAGUACAUUUCCAAUACUACAAGGAGAGGGGACAAAAUAAGGAAAAGGUGAAUCAUUCUUGGAACACAGUCUGGUAUCCUACUAGCCUGCGUAGCAGGCGCUUGGAAGUAGCGGUCGAAAGAGAGAACGGGCGCGCGCGAGGGAGACACGCGAGGGGUGAGGGAGCUACCUCUCCCCUCGCGUGUCUCCUUCUCGCGCGCCCGUUUUUUCUUGUGCCCACUAGUCCAAGCGCCUGCUACGCAGGCUAGUAUCCUACUCAAAAGAUUCUUGUGAUAAACUAAGUGCUCUGGGACAUAAGAACUGUCUCUUCAUCAUUUAACCAUUUAUAACAAUCUCUUGUAUAGGUCACAAACAUGAUUUAGAACAGUAAGGGAAUAAUGCAUUAGUGUAUUACUUUAGUUUUAUUGGCGACAAAAGCGAGAUAAAUCUACACACGUUUUUUCUUACAACCAUCAGAUAAUUGCAAACGGGUUUGUGUUGCAGGUUUAACUAGGAAUCAAUCUAUAACUUGAUGGAAAACGGGUGGAAAUAACUGAUUGUUAACAGGAUUGAUUAGUUCCCUUUCAUCAAAACUCCUGAGCCCACCCCUGUAAUUCCCUCUGUGAAUUCUAGUACAGCAAUUGCGAAAUGACGAUUUUGACCUUCCAGAUUUUUAGUGGAAAUACAGAUUCAGACACUGUUAUCACGCACGACCUUGAUCCACCAAUAACUGCGAAGUAUCUCCGCUUUCGACCAAUCACCUGGGGGAGCCGCAUAGGAAUGAGGGCGGAGGUAUACGGCUUUAAAGGUAAUAAUACAUGUUGUUCAAUAAAUUCUAUGAAAAAUACUUGA